GCACAGCCACAGAGGAUCGCGAGGAGAAAAGACACAGUAUAACGUCGUCUGGUUGAAGCAUUUGACUCUUCACUGAUUUAUCUUCUUAAAACAUUGACAUGUCAAACAGCAAGAGAAUUGCCAUCCUUGGAAAAACUGGAGUUGGGAAAAGCAGCCUGGCUAACACCAUAUUUGGAGAGCCACUGUUCAAGAUUGGACACUCUGUGAACUCUGAAACAAAAACAUGUCAAGCAGAAACUAAACCUGUCAAUGGAGGAAACAUUACUCUGAUUGACACUCCUGGUUUAUUCGACACAGAUCGACCUGAGGAGGACCUGAAGUCUGAAAUAGUGAGGUGCAUCACAGAGUUCGCUCCUGGGCCUCAUGCCUUUCUCAUUGUGCUCAAAGUGGAGAGAUUCACAGAGCAGGAGCAGGCUGUCGUUGAUAAAAUAAACGAAUACUUUUCUGAAGAAGUUUUCCAGUAUGCGAUAGUCCUCUUCACUCAUGGUGACCAGCUCCCUGAAGGAGAGACCAUUGAGAGCUUUGUCCGUAAAAAUAAGCCGGUGACGGAGCUGGUGAAGAAGUGCGGAGGCCGCUGCCACGUCAUCGAUAACAAAUACUGGAAGAACAACCAGCAGGAAGAAUACCGGAACAACCAGGUCCAGGUGAAGGAGCUCCUCAAGACAAUAGAGGAGAUGGUUGAGGCAAACGAAGGAGGAUGCUACACCAAUGAGAUGCUUCAAGCAGUUGAGAAAAGAAUAAUACAGGAGGUGGAACUCAUUAGAAAGUCACCAGGAAACAUGUCAGAGGGAGAGAUCAGAGAGAAGGCUAAAGAGAACACAUUGAAGUGGCUUUGGACCAAACUGGCAGGUAUCUUAUCAGGUGUAUUGUGGGGAGCUCUUUUUGGUCUAGUAGAGAUGUUGGAAGAGGUUCUUCCAGCUUUAACAACAGGAGGAGCUGGAGCAAAAAAAGUCACAGUGGAAAGUGUAGUUGGGCCUUUUCUGAGAGGCGCGAUGCAAGGAGUUCUUAAAGGAUGCGAUGCAGCUGAGGGAGCAGACUCCCCAGGCGAAGCAGCAGAGAAGGCAGCAGAGGCUUUCAUGAAAUAAUACAAUGAGUGUCAAAUGCACGUGAUAAUACAGCCAGAGAGGAAACAGAAUCAUAACCAAUAAUCAGACAUUACUCUUAAAGAUGGGGGAGAGUAUUUAUCAUUAAAAAAAGUCACAUCUCCCUUUAAAUAGCAUGACAUAUUUAACCAUUGAGAUGAUCACGUUUAAUCAUAUAUAAUAUGUAAUUCAAACUUUAGUCACUUAUUCUGGUUUUAAAAGCAGUUUUUUUCUUUUUCUUCAUUCACCGUAUGUAUUCACUAUAGCUACUUAACUUUGAUGCUAUUAACUCCUCUACUUCCUAAAGGAGCGGGAAGCCAGACCCUAAAGGAGACCUCUGGGCUUAUUGGCUUUUAUUUACUAACAUGAAUCAUGGCUUUUGAAACCUGCAGCCAUAGGAAGUGUGAUAUUAAUGUGUAAUUUACUUUUUAUUCAUAUGAUUUAUCCAUAGUUAAGUUGAAUUCUCUAUGAUGAGUUACGAUGUCUUUCUUUUUAUUGAGCUAAGAGUGUUUUGGUCUCAUAUAUCAAUAUAUUCUUCACAUAUUAUCGGAUAUUAUGUCGUGUUUAAUAAUUGAAUGAUGACAUCCUUAAUGUGUUUUUCUUUCAUGUAUUAAUAUGUAAUCACAUGUGCUUCUAUGUUGACUCAAUUGUAAGAAGUAAAUAAGUGAACUCUUGCUUCACCUGAUCAUUUUGAAAGUCUUAUUGGGACUUUAAACUUCUGAUAUGUCUUUUCUUUAACUUCAAUAUUUACAUGAUUUACCAUUUAUCUUCCUUUUAUCGCAAAAAAACCUAAUAAAACUGGUUUGUAUUCUGUACAUUCCAACCAAA